UCUCGAGUAGGUGUGUACGACAUUAUGAGCCGGUUCGUCUAAAAUAUCCAAAUUUGUCCUUAUAACUCCAUACUCUGGAUAUAAAAGCACUAAUUCUGUCUGCAACACAAAAGUUGAAUAUAUGAAGCUUCAAUAGCAAUAAAAUUGUAGGUAGUGACAACUUAAGCAUGACAAUGACCGAAUCUGCACUGGCCAUGGACCCCCAAACAUUGAUGAUAGCAGCUGCUAUUAUCAUUGGGGCGUUUAUUCUAGUCUACCUAAUUUCUGUGUUUGGAAUCCGUGAGCGUUCUUAUGAAGAAGCACUCGAGGCCCAAAAACAGCGUCAAGAAGAUGAUAAACAAACAUCAAAGAAAUCUAAGAAAGACCAACGGGCUAAAAAAGGAUUCCGUCGAAAUAAGGGAGAUAAAGAAGCAUCGAGAGCUUCUCCAGAAUCAGAAGAAGAAAUUCCACACAAGAUGGUGGAAUUGGAAAUUGAGCCUGAAAUAAUCGAACCAUCUGAAACCACACCCAGGAAACGUAAGAACAAAGCAAAACCUGAGAAAUCCAUUUUGUUGAACAAAGAUGAGGUAUCGUACCGUCAAGAUGAGUCAAAAGUCCAUGAAGCCUUCCACCCUAAGUCACUCCCAAGGGAUGAGAUUGAACAGAAACAUGCACAUGAACAGGUCACUGUUGUGGAGACAACUCAGACUAAAUCCCAGAAACGUACAGUAAAGACUGAGGUUAUCACAGAAGAAAAGGUGAAGGUGGUUGAGAGUGAGCCAGUGAAAUCUGCACCAGUUCCGAAAAAAGAGAAGAAGGAACGUAAAUCUGAUAACAAAGAGACGUUCCAGUUGGCCACCACUGUACGCCAGGCCACCCUCAGUUCAACUGAGAUGCAGACUCUCAUUGACAUUCUCCUUAAUAAGCAGGGUGGGGCCACUCCUGGAGAUACCUGGUCUACAAACAGCAAGAAAGGAGACCCAAUUACACAGAUGAAGAAACAGCUUGAGGAGAAAGAGGAGGCUUUAAAAGAAGAACAACAGCGCAGUCAAAGCGCUAACAGCAAACUAUAUGAGAUCCGUCAGGAGCAGGCACAAGAAAGAUCAAGAUAUAGUGUCAAUGAGAAGAAAUUACAGGAAACUAUUCAAGUGAAGGAUUCUGAGAUACAAGCCCUGCAUACCAGGAUGCAACAGACACAUGGCCAGCAUGUAGCAGAGAUGAAUGCGAUGCAGCAGAACAGCCAAUAUGGCGAGGGACACGCACAGUUGAUUCAACGGCUACAGGAAGAGAACAAACAAUUGAAAGAGGUUGCCUCCAGGAAACAAUCCUCUGAGAUCUCACCUGCUCAGUUUGCUGGAAUGAAGAAUCAACUUGAGAUUAUAAAGACAGAGUUGAACAGCAACGUCAUCAAACUAAACACAUCGGAGAAUGCCAAACGUAACUUGGAGCAGAAAGUUGCAGGAUAUGAGAACCAACUGCGUCAGAUUGAUUCAAGCAAGAGAGACACAACAAUGCUGUCGAAGAAACUGGAUGAAGUCAGUGAACAACUACGCCAUGCAGAGAUGAAGAAUAUUAGCAUUGCAAAGGAUGCAGACCAAGCAGCCAAGGUUGCUGAAGAUGAAAUCUCAAAUCUUAAGGAUCGUUUGAGGAGUCUGGAAGCCAACUCUAAAAAUAAAGAAGAUAAUACAAAAGCAUUGGAACUUAGAUACAAGGAUAUUGAGAGACAAAAGAUAGAUUUGGAAUCAAAGGUGAAAUCCACUGAAACCCAACUGUCCAAUGUAGAGAGACAGAAAGCUGAGAUCAACCUAGACCUCAUGGCACUUAAACAGGAGAACAAAGCACUUAAAGAUGAGCUGCAUACUACACAGGAAAGACAACAAGGGGAGGGUGCAGAAGAGCCAUCUGUAAAGGGAGUGACAGUGAAUGGUGACACAGCCAAGCCCACCAACACUGUUGAUAUACACACACAUGAAAAAUUAUUACAAGACAAAGAUAAAGAAUUAGGAAGACUGUGUGAAGACCUUGAAGCACAAAAACAGAAAAAUAAUGAUCUCCGGUCAAAGGUGGCUGAUGGUGGUUCAGCGACAGAGGAAGUCAGCAAAUUACAAAAUGACUUAGAGUCUAAACAAGCAGCCAUAGACAAGCUAGAAUCCAUUGUUGAAACUCAGAAACGCCAUAAUGAUGAAUUGCAGGAAAAAUACAAUAGUCUGCAAACCCAGGAAUCCGUUACAUCUGGGGAUAGCCAGGAAGUUUCCAAACUUCAAGAGGAACUAGCUGCCCAAAGAAAGAAAAAUGAUGAAUUAAGAGAGAAGAACUGGAAAGCAAUGGAAGCAGUUGCUGCUGCAGAGAAGGUAGCUGAAGAGAAAGUACAAGUUGCAGUUAAACAGUCCAAGGCGGACAGUGUGGAGCAAAUAGCCAGCCAGGAGGUCUCCGCUCAGGAAACACUUCUUAAGAUCUUCCCACAAAUCAAGAUCACAGAAACAAUAAAGACACAUGAAGAAUGGAUGAAAGUAUUUGAGAAAGAAAUCACCCAUUAUGUAACAAAGACUUCUGUUGUCAAGGAUCCCGCCUUGGAGAAGGAACUCUCAGCAGCCAAAGAAAAUGAAGAGAAGCUUCAAUCACAGGUAGAGAACUACAAGUCAGUACUUGCCAAUACUGAGUCUAUCCUGAAUAAACUACAGACCAGUGUAGAACAAGAGGAGGCCAAGUGGCAAGAACGAUUGCAACUAUCACAGUCUCAGCAGCAAGAGACUGAAACAGAAGUGAAACAAUUACGUGAACAGCUAAAAAAUUCCAAUACCGAGGAGAUGGAGUUAACAUAUAAUGCCCUGAAAGGCACAGUUGAGAAGAUGGAACAAAAAAUUGAGAGGUUACAAGGUGAACUUCAACAGUCUGAGAAACAUGAACUACAGUCCAGUCAAUCUAUAGAUACAGUGGAUGCACGACCAGUAGACAAUUCUGAUCUAUUGAAGCUCAUAGAGCAAUUAAAGGGAGAACUUGCAGAAGAACGGAAAACUUCCAAGGAGUUAGGGACACAAAAUGUUCGCCUUAACUCCACUGUAAAAAUAGGACAGGAUUCACUUAAAGCUGAACAAGAUCUAGUUAAAAACCUACAAAAUGAGCUAAGCCAGAAAACAAAGGACUACUCGACUCUGGCAAACUUGACGCAUUGCGACUGGGAGAUCAUAGACACAGUCGACAAGGCUGGCUCUGGGUCUAGUGAUGUAGAUCAGCUUCGAUCAAAGUUGGCUGAGAAAGAGAGACAAUUAGAAAAAGAAAUUAUGGCAAAUAGACAACUUUCUCAGCGAUUGAGUGCGUCUCCCCAAGGUAACCAAGGCAACGGUGACAUUGGAACUGCUGUGUGACCUUCACCUUGGAACUAUGGUGCUGCCACCUAAUGGUGCAUAAUGUGCUACAUAGUCAAAACAAUUGUAAUUUAUCCCAAGAUGCAAUAGAAUGAUUGAUUAUUGGUAUCCAGGAAUCUUAGCAAUAGGAGGUUAAUAAAAAUGUCAACUUGAUUUCAUUAUUUCGCUUUUCUAAGAAGAAAAAUAAUAGCAUGUGGAUUAAUUUUCGUCAUUGGAUCGCCAAAGAUCACCAUUGAAUAAAGUAAAUAUUCUGAAUUGAUUAGUUACCGAUAUGUUCCUCUGUUUGUAUAUUGCGAACAAUACUAUGGAUUCGUUUUUAUACAAAAAGGAUAACAUGCACACAUUGGAUAACAUACGUUUAUUUAAAAACUGAGAACAUAUACAGUAACCAUACUGCCACGACAUUGAAUUGAAUUCUAUCGAGUAAUACUUCGAAAUAAAUGCAUAUUUAUCAUAUUAUAUUAUUUUCAACCAUGUAUUCAUCAAAUGAACACAAAAUGCUUGUACUGUAGUAAUGAUAGAGACAUAUUUAAAAUUAACAAUUAUACAAGUGCCAGCACUACUGGAUCAAGAAACGUGUUGGUGAAGGAAAAUGAUGAAAUAGUUCUAUGUAGCCAUCUUGAUUGUUAUAACAUUUCCAUUAUUAGCGAUCAACUUCAUUAUGGUCAAUCUCCAUCUACUGAGAUUGAGAUAUUUUUGAGCCAGUGUUAAGUUUUGUAACAGAACAAAUCAUCAAAAUGAUGAUUUUGUGUUCAGAGUUUAUUUUUAGUUGAAAUGCUGUUUGAUCAAGAUGGCUAUUAGAGCAAAUUAGGGCACAUAGUUCAUUUUAUUUCAUAUAUAAAGACAAUAAUUGUGAUAAUUUUGAUUUAUCCCUAAAUCAUCCUGGUGUAUUUAGUAAUCAAUCAAAAUUAUUAAAACUCAUAUUUUUUCUUAUUUCAACACUGUACACAUGUGUAACAUACUAGAAUAUCCCUUGCAGGUAUUUAUAUUUUUUACGAUACACAGCUCACAAACUUAAAUCUUCUGAGUGUAAUCCCUGUGACAGAAAUUUCCAACCUAUUUUGUGGAGAUAACUAAAAAUCCUCUCAAUGUUGUACCUCAACAUGAAACAUUGGGUGAAACAUGUCAACA